UUGACAUGUGUCAUGAAUGACAAUUCGCAUAUGUGCAUUUAGGUUAUCUACAUAAAACUUUGAAUUUUAAUUAAAAAUAAAUUAGAAUCAAAGUGAUAACGAUGGCAAAUACGGUAUACCUCGAAGUAUAUACAACUUAUGAAGAUUAUCUGAAAUCUUCUACAGUAGAGCUGCCCUUGGUUUCAUUCAUAACAUACUCAAUUUACAAGUAUUGUUCUCCUGAAGAAGUAAUUUUGAAAUUCGUUCCUGUGAUGAAAUUAGCAAAGGAUUCAUUGAAAUUGAAUUGUACAGACGACAUACUAUUCGAAAACGCGAGUAAUCUGCUAUGGCAAGUGUCAUCUUGUGUAUAUCCAGUUGUUUUGUACGAUGAUACAGUUAUAACAGGUCUUUGUGCCGUUGCCAGACAUAUUUCCAAAUAUCGGUCCUCCAUCCGAUCUCCACACGAACACGAAGAAGGUUUACUCGGUUUUCGUAAAACUUGCUUACAAGCUCCGAAUGAGGUAUCAACAUGGACCAAGUUGUGUGAAGUAGAUGUAAUUAAAACAGUGAAGGAAGUUCUAAGCAUGAAUGAGUUGCAUGAAGUGCCUGAAAACAUUGUCCGUUUCGAAAACCAUUUAAGUAAACCAGUGCGAGUGCAUAAUGUGUACAAAAUAGCAAGAGAUAUCAAAAAGGAAACUCUUAAAGCAAAAAAUAAAAAUGAGGAAGUUGUUAUAAAAGAAAUGUCAGAAGCAACUGCAAAAAAGACAAGGGUGCGUAAAACAAGAAAGUGGAAGUCUAAAGCGAAGAAGGAACUCCUAAUUGACAGUUCAACUAAGAUUGAAGAUCUAGAUUUGAGCCAUCAAUUUGCAGAAGGACCAUUUCUGACUCUAGCUGACAUAGUUUUGUUGCCUUCCUAUUAUAUUUUAAUUCAGUCACUAGGAGAAUCAAUCUUUGAUACUCAGUUGCCUCUGACAUACAAAUGGUACAAAAAUAUUAUGGAUAUUCCUGAAGUAAAAGUUUUAAGUAAAGUACUAAAUGGACUGCAGUGCAAGCCCUUAUUAAUCCAAGAUGUAGUUGUACCAUGUGCCCCAAAAAUUCACAACCCAAAAAAGAGAUUGUUCACAAAAGAGGAAGACAUAGAAAAUGCUUUAAGUACAUUGAUGGAUGGAAUGGCAUUGGAAGUUAUUAGCAAUGAAUUUGAAAAUAGAAUUAAUUGGAGUGAAAUUCCUGAUGGAGCGAAUCCAUCUGCUGGACAUUUGCCUGAUGAGAGACAAGCAAGAAAGUCAUGGCAGCUGGAGAACUUAGCUUUAGCUGUACUUGAGAUAGCUAAAGAAGAAGAUUUGAUUGUAGAUUUUUGCAGUGGCAGUGGACAUUUAGGAAUACUUAUUGCCUAUUUACUUCCUAAAUGCACUAUUUUAUUGUUGGAGAAUAAAGAGCAAUCACUCCUUAGAGCUAGGAAAAGAGUUCAUGACAUGGGUUUGAAGAAUGUUUACUUUUUCCAGUGCAAUUUGGAUUUCUUCAUAGGAAAGUUUGACAUAGGAAUUGCACUACAUGCCUGUGGUAUAGCAAGUGAUUUAGUGCUGGAUAAGUGUUUGAAGGCCAAUGCCAAGUUUGUGCUGUGCCCAUGUUGCUAUGGGUCUCUUCAUGCCACCGACAGAUUGGCCUACCCAAGGAGUAAUUUGUUCAAGAACAUUUCCAUUGAUCAGUAUCUGUGCAUUGGCCAUGCAGCUGAUCAAACUCAUGAAGAACACCCAUUAACAGUGAGAGGAGCAAAGUGUAUGGCAAUUAUAGACUCCGAUCGUGGCAGAUUAGCAGAAGAAUUUGGCUACAAAGUUACUCUGUCUAGGCUUAAACCUCUAUCAUGCACUCCCAAGAAUAACCUACUCGUCGGUAUCCCAUCAUGACAAUAAAAGGUUUCAAAACA